CUCGAGCAGUCGAGCUGAUCCCGUCGCACGUAUCGGAUCCCGAUUGUCGCCACCAUCGCUUCCAGGAAUCUCAUUGAGGAUCACGUCAAGAAAAUUACACGUGCAUAUUAUGUUUUGCAAAUGAAACUGUCGUGUCCAGUCGCCGAUAUUACCGGCCCAUGAUCAAACUCCAGCCAAUCAGAGAGCUCGCGCACGCGUAGGAAUACAGAUUUUCGCUGUGCCGGAGACGGACUACUCCCUUCCCGUCGUUCGUGCGAGUUUGCGACCCCCUGACUGGACACGACUAUCCAGUUCCACCAGAGCCGAGCUGCCGCGAAGAAAGUGUCGUUAGUGCUUGUUUACUCGACUUCACCUAUCGGCGGCCACUUCCAAAAAUGGCAUCCGGAGUAACUGUAGCGGACGUUUGCAAGACGACGUACGAGGAGAUCAAGAAGGACAAGAAGCACCGCUAUGUUAUCUUCUACAUUAAAGACGAGAAACAGAUCGACGUGGAGGUCAUUGGGCCGCGCGAUGCCGCCUACGAUGCUUUCCUUGAAGAUCUGCAGAAGGGCGGAAGCGGCGAGUGCCGUUAUGGACUCUUCGACUUCGAAUAUACUCACCAGUGCCAGGGCACAUCAGAGGCUUCCAAGAAACAGAAAUUGUUCUUGAUGUCGUGGUGCCCGGACACCGCCAAGGUUAAGAAGAAGAUGUUGUAUUCCAGCUCCUUCGACGCCCUCAAGAAGUCCCUCGUUGGUGUCCAGAAGUACAUCCAGGCGACAGACCUUUCAGAGGCAUCUGAAGAGGCUGUUGAGGAGAAGCUCCGAUCCACCGACAGGAAUUAAAUAUGAAGUAUUCCGCGAACGAGUUUCCCCCUACAGUUACAAACGAAAAAUGAAACGAGAACAACAGACAAGGACACCUAAUUAUCGUUUCAAGAAAAUCCGAGACAUAAGAGAAAUAACGAAGUAAUCGAGUGAAUGAACAAGGAAAACUAACACAGUAAAAUUUCUUUUCCCACAAUAACAACCGAGAACAAUAAAUAUAAAGAAAUAUGUCAGCAAUAACAACAACAAAAAGCAGCAGCAGGAGAUCCAAAGGAUCUAUAUAUAGAUAUACUUAUAUAUAAGUGAUAAGGUCUCAUCAAUGUCUACCACGAGUUUUUAUCGAAUUCGUUCUUUUCAUUUUUUAAUAUCAAAUAUCAUCUAUCAUGCUAUCAUUGCCUAUCGUUCAUGGACGCUAAAAAAUGGGGAGAGUAAAACUGCGAGCUUGAGAUAAUUAUCAGGUGGUUUUACAGGGACGUUUCGUGACAAUUAAUUUAUUUUAUCUUUCGGAUUUUCUCGCAACGGUGCUUAAAUAUUCUUGUUUGUUCCUCUCUCUUCACUUCUUGGUUGUUACUGUAGGGGGAAAUUUCGUGAGAAUUUUAUUAUGAUUACAAUAUAAAAAAUGGGAAAUACAACACACUCGCACACGAUAUUCAUGACAUGCACACGAAAUGAGCGAGAAAGAGAAAGAGAAAAAGAUAUGGGAAAAAAUGAAUAAGAAAACUCACACGAAUUUUGUCGAGGUGACACUUUUUCAUAUUGUUGCGGUACGUCGUGUGAAUCUGUCUGAUUAUUAUAAUAUUAAUAUUAUACUUAUUAUUACGAUAAUGAUAAUGUAAUGAUUAUAAAAGUCGAAAAGAAUGAUAGUGAAAAGAAGAAAAUGAAUGGUAACGGUGGCAACAAUUUAUAUACAGUAAGAUGGAAAAAAAAUGAAAAACACCGAAUCAGUCAGGUCAGUAAUGCAGAAGGUGGAUACAUAAUUUUUGUCACAUGCUGUAAUGAUAUUUAAAUUAAAUUCAUUUCAUAAUGAGGGCCUCCGUCACCCUUCGUAAAAGCUCAUCCUGCGAUGAGGCCUUACAAAUCGAAAAAGAGGACGUUGCCAAACGUUUUCGUUUUAGUUUAGUAUUAUGAGAUUCUAUUCAGAAUGUAUGUAAAUCAUGAUCAUAAUUCUUUUCAAUGGUCAAGAACAAUGUGAUAAUUGUUCGUUCAAUAUUUGAAGGUACUAAUCUAGAA